AUGCAGCAACGCAUAAGUGCAAAGAAUAUCAACGAUCAGGACGGCAUAUCUCAGUUUCUGCUACCACCUUGUAUCAAAGGGUUUAAUAUGAGACACAAGAAGUGGUAUAAGAUUUCAGCCGAUGGUACAUCGGAUGUUAAAUGGAACCGAGAAGCGUUUCAAAGCCUUGUCAUUGAACGAAAAUCAAAAGACUUGAUUCAAGCUUUAGUUACUAGUCAACUCGAGGCUGAGAAAGCGACUGAUCUGAUUUCUGGCAAAACCGGCAAGACCCUCACUGCUGAGGGUGUGGCUGAAAUCACCGAGAAGCCGCUGUACCGCGUUACCUGUGGUGACGUAGAGUAA